CCCACUGCUCCUCUGGUAACCAUCAGUAUGUUCCCUAUAGUUAAGAGUCUGUUUCUUGGUUUGCUUAUCACUUUUUUUCCCCUUUGCGCCUUUGUUUCUUCAUUUCUGGGUAUAACUGAAGUCAUAUGUGCCUUUCUCUGACUUAUUUUGCUUAGCGUAAUACUCACUAGCUCCAUUCACAUGAUUGCAAAUAGACAAGAUUUCAUUAUUUUUUAUGACUAAUAUUCCAUGAUUGUGUGUGUAUAAUUUUAUAUAUUAUAUUUUAUAUAUUAUAUAUUUUUAUAUAGUAAUAUAUAUAAUAUAUACUAACUUCUUAAUCCAUUAAUUAGUCAAUGGAAAUUUGGGCUGUUUCCAUAAUUUGGCUAUUGUAGAGCUGCUGUAAACAUCAGGGUGCAUGUAUCCCUUUGAAUUACUAUUAUUGUAUUCUUUGGGUGAAUACUUAGUAUACCUAGUAGUGAAUUACUGGAUCUGAGGAUGGUUCUAUUUUUAACUUUGUGAGGAACCUCCAUACAAUUUUCCAGCGUGGCUGCACCAGUUUGCAUUCCCACCAGCAGUGUAAGAAGAUUGCCCUUUCUCCACAUCCUCACCAGCAUCUGUUGUUUCUUGUGUUGAUUUUAGCCUUUCUGAUAGCACAUUCCUUGAAAGUUACUAUGCUUAGAUAUCAUUGAGUUUAAGAAAGGAAGCUUAAAGUUCAGUCUGGGUUUGAUAUUAGUAGACCAGAGAAUCUGUAUAUCAAUAAGGACACAUAGGUAAAAUAUAAAAUAAAGCAUAUAUAUUAUUUUAUUAUAUACCAUAAAUAUUUUAAUAUAUAUUUUCCCCACUUUAAAUAUAGUCAAAUUUAAGCCAGUGCCUUAUAGUGGUUUGUUAAAUACUAGCUGAUGAAUAACCAAAAAAAAUCAUCCCCCACCACACAAAUUUAUGUUUUCUAAUGAAUUUCCCUCAUGAAACUAUAGCUGAAAAUACACAAAGAUGUGCAAAAAAAUAAUAUACUAUUCCAGGUAACCGUUAUGACCCAAGUCACAUUUAACACAAAAGCCCUGGACAGUUGACUUUAUAGCAGUCCAAGGUAAAUUAUUAUGUUUAAUUAAACAAUACAGUAUGACAGGUUGACUAUAAUAAGACCAUUUUCUCUUCAAAGAUAUUGAAAUGCAUGACUUAUUUCCAGGGAGAACUAAAAAAUCACAUUACAGAGGACAUUUUUCUUUGUCACUGGAAGAUAAUGAAGUUUGAAGUUCUCAAAUCGCUGAACAGUAGGUUUGGUUGACGAGUAUGUUUCUGACACUUCACUUUAAUCUUUUUCUUCAGAAGUUCCAAAAGCCAAUGACUAUUUUCUUUUAAUUUCAGCAUUUGUUAUAACUAUUUUUGCCGUGUAAUGUCGCAAAGUUUAUGAGUAUAGCACAACUAAGGACGGAUAUCUGCAUCUCAUACCUUUGUUUCCACUAGUUAUAAAUUUCUCCCGCUUUGAAUAAGGAAACCAAAAGAAUGGUAGUAGCCAAAUAAUAUUACAGAAAGCCCCCUUCUGAAAUUUAAUUUUGCUUUUAUAAAGGUUGUUUUUCAUAAUUAGGUAUACAUCUAGCCAAGGGAUUUUAAAUGUGAAAUGGUGUUCUUCAAUCAGUAUCUGAAUACUGGUUGACCAAGAUUAGCUGGGGGAACUGGAACUCUUCAUGAAAUGCCAUUGAAAAUUAACUUCUCAUCUUUAUUCUUUUAGAGACUGAAUUUAAACUUAAGUUGAUUGCAGAAAGUCUGUUCUAUUGUUGAGGAUAGGUUCAUGAACUCAACUAAGUGUUUUACCUCUGAAAAUGCAUAAUCCUGUAAUGACUCCUCUUAAGUAAUGAACAUCUGUAUAUGAAUUCCUGAGGAAUUUGAACCUUUCUGGGAAAGUGAUGGUCACUUCCAGAGUAGUUUAUGACCAGUCCUGAAGUCUCUAGGACUCUGGAGUCUUGAAAGUUGUCCAGAAGCAAUUUAAAACUCAAUAACAUUGAGGACAUGUAUUAUAGACUAUAAAAUACAUACGGUAUCACUCUUUUGAGAUAAUUGGAUAAACCAACACAUGCAUUGAAUAUACUCAGCUAUGCUUGUUUCUCUUUUAGAGGGCUUAAAGAGCAGUUUUAGUCUCACAGGAUUCUGUCAGAUCUUCUUUGUCAACCUCCCAGCCAAAGGUAGUCGUCUGCUACUUUCCAGGCAUUCUGUUUGAGACUAUCUACCAGUAGGACACAUCAUACCUUAUAUUAAGCCCAUUCUAUUACUAGUCAACUGCUGUUAUUAAAAUAGUUUCUAUUAAAUUUAACCAAUAUCUGACUCCUAGUUUAGGGCAUGAUCUAUUAGGCUAUCUGGAAUCACAUGUAGUUAAUUAAAUCUGUCAAAUAUUUGCAAAAUGAUAACAUAUUAAAUAUUCAUCCUCUCUUUUAUUUCUAACUAUCAAAGCAGUGAAUCUUGUUCAAGUUUCUUUUAUUAUUUGUAGGACACCCAAAUAAAAAUGAGCAGUAUUUAUUGAGAAUCUUCUCUGGUAAAGUUGGUGUAAUGGAAAGUGGAGUAAUUAAAAGGAUGGAUAAAAUAGUAUGGCCAUAUUCAAGGAACUUAAAAUACAUUCAGUAAUGUAUCUUAUCCCUACUCUAUUAUUUAAAAUAAUACAUUUUUAAGCGGGACAAGAAAGUUUAGGUGAUGACUCAAGCCCAGUAGGGUCUCUGGUGCCCUUAGGUUACACUGAAAUCUAAUGCAUAUAUACAGAUAUUGUGUGGUUUAAAGAACUGUUUACUACACUGGGAUUAAUAUUAAAAAAAAAAAACUGCCUACAAAUUUCUAAGCUACUUUCUGUUCGUAAAGAAUCAGGCAUCUUCUUUCCCCAAGGCCAACUUUUCAGCUUUCAUAGAAGAUGCUAUUACCAUUGUGAGUUUUGAAUUAAAUAGUGUAUUUCUUCUGAAGAGUUUAACCACUCUAGAUAGUAAUUCUAGCCACCUUUGUAAUAAAAGUACCACAUAUAUAGACAGAAUCAUGUAACAGUUAUGAUUACUUGGGAGAACACCAGAAGAAGAACAUCAUAAUGCUUAUAUUUCAAGUAGCAAAAUUGAGGAAUUUUGAUGUUUAUUAUAAGAAGAUACAUUCAUGUAGGAGAUUAUAUUCAUUGUGGUUUCGUCAACUUCACAUUUUAAAGUUUUGUGCGAAUUGUCUUUCAUAUAAAUAUGUCCUUUGCCAAGGCUUGAAUUAGUACGUGUAAAACAAUAUUCAAAUUGAAAUUCAGCGUACUCUCUCCAGAAAAAUCAGUACCUCAAUUUAGUCACUAAAUUAAUUAAUUCAUGCAGUGCUGAGCAGUAUACUAAUGAUACAAAAAUCAGAGAGAGAAAGUUCACUGUUUCGUAAGAGACUCAGGGGGGUAAAAUAACCACACGAAAAGCAUUUCAGUUAGCGCUGUAAGAUACAUGAAAGCUGUACCAGUGUCUCCACUUUUGCCUGCAGUGGUCAGGGAACACAUGUCAGAGAAAGAAACAGAAGGUGCAGGAUGACCGUGGAUUUGCCAGGGAGAAUGGACACCAAGUCAUGUGUGCGCAGCAAGCAUGACUCGAGAACAAUACAUACUAGCAACACAACAAAACAACCUGCCAAGGGCUGAGAAUGCACAACUUUACCCAGUGGGGAUUUAUGGAUGGCGAAAGAGGUGCUUAUACUUCUUUGUCCUUCUGCUGUUGGUUACCAUGAUAGUUAACUUAGCCAUGACAAUAUGGAUAUUGAAAGUGAUGAAUUUCACCGUGGAUGGUAUGGGAAAUCUGAGAGUCACCAAGAAGGGAAUCCGACUUGAAGGUAUAUCUGAGUUUCUACUUCCAUUGUAUGUGAAAGAAAUUCAUUCCCGAAAGGAUAGUCCACUGGUCUUACAGUCUGACAGGAAUGUAACAGUGAAUGCGAGAAAUCACAUGGGGCAGUUAACUGGACAGCUGACAGUAGGAGCUGACGCUGUGGAAGCUCAGUGUAAGAGAUUUGAAGUGAGAGCGAGUGAAGAUGGCAGGGUGCUGUUCUCUGCAGAUGAAGAUGAGAUUACCAUUGGGGCUGAAAAGCUGAAAGUUACAGGCACCGAAGGAGCAGUAUUCGGGCACUCUGUUGAGACACCUCACAUCAGAGCAGAACCUUCCCAAGACCUCAGGCUUGAAUCACCCACCAGGUCCUUGAUCAUGGAGGCUCCUCGAGGGGUCCAGGUCAGCGCUGCUGCGGGAGACUUCAAGGCCACCUGCAGGAAGGAGCUCCAUCUGCAAUCUACAGAGGGGGAGAUCUUUUUGAACGCAGAGAAAAUCCGGCUGGGGAAUCUACCGACCGGCUCUUUCUCAUCGUCUUCACCCAGCUCCUCAAAUUCUCGGCAGGCAGUGUACGAACUGUGUGUCUGCCCCAAUGGCAAACUUUACCUUUCUCCAGCGGGACUAGGUUCCACUUGUCAGUCCAGUAGCAGCAUCUGCUUGUGGAGCUGAAGUGACUGAUUUCUCCUCACACCAGAAUAGCCUUUUGUUCCCGUCCGUCUGCUUCACAGUUCUGCUCGGUUUCCCUUGUGAUCAGUCCAGAGCUUCUUCGAAUGGUCCACAGAGCAACUUGUUCCCAUGCAAGCAGGGAUUCGCUGCCACCUUCUCUUGUGAUUUACUGUACUGCUCAACGCAGAGAGUGUGGGUGACAGAACAGUGGAAAAAAAUCACCUUCCGCGGGAAAACUGGAUCAUAACUUUUGCUCAAAAGGGAGAAAAACAUAGGUGCCUUUGCUACGUGAAGUGAAGCACACAGUUUUAGAUUUUUGCAGGACCUGGAUAUGAACUGCACACAUACACAUUACAUAGAUGAAAUUCUCAGUAUCCAAUGGCAAGAUGAGAUGGUUGACCCUGUCAGAAAACUAAUUCGACAGUCUGAAAGCACAAUUUUCCAAUCAUCUUUUUGGAUGUAAACUUUUAUCCCCGAAUUUUAAAAUUUUGAAGCAUUAUAUAAUGCUUGCUUUACUAAAAAUUAAAUUCGAUACAUGAUUUUUAACAAAACGAAACAAAACAAGACAGAACCCCACCUUGAGUUUUAUUUGUUUCUUUGAAUUCAGUGUGUUGUUACUCUUUGUCUACUAAGUCUAGAAUUUUGUACAUUAGGUAAUUUUGAAAGCACUCAGCAAUAUAAUCUUUACAGAAUUAACAAAAUGCCAUUAUACUGUCAUUUGUCAGAUCUGAAUGGCCUUAUAUAGUAUUUACUUGGCUUUUGCAUGUGACGUAUUUGCUUUUAACGAAACAUCUAAUUUAUUCCGAUAUAAGAUAGGAUUAAGAGAGAUCUACUGAUGGUAUGGAAUCCAUAGAUUUUUUUUUUUUAAUUCACCUGCUAUCUUUUACACUAGGUUCUCAUAGUACAACUCUUUGUUUUCUCCACUCCCUUUAAAUUUGACUCUGACUGCUAAAAUUCAACCAUAUCCUCUAAAUAAAUUAAUACUAAUGUGAUGCAUUAUGCCGAGAAUGGGUUCACUUUCCAUUGGAAUAUAACCUUCAGAAUUAUAUCUAUGUAUUCUUUUUUAUUGGAGAUUAAGAUUUAAGGAUGGUCUAAAGUAAAUUAUAACUCCCUGCUUAAACAGUAAAAACUAUAAAUGUUAACAAAUAUGUUGAAAAUGUGUUUACUCCAUUACAUUCCUAUUUUAAGGAAUUUGGUUGUGUUUCCUUUCAGCUCUUAACAUUUGGUUACCUUUAUUAGACUGUUAAGCUACCCUGGCAUCAGAAAUCCUAGCUCCUUCCAUUCUCCACUGUUUAUUUUUGUAAAGUAGCACGAAUAAAUAACUCCAGAAUAAUGCA